UUUUUUCAUUCUUGAAACUGGGGUUUUAGUUCUCAUUUAACUAGCCAACCAUACUUAGCAUAGAAAGCAAGUUCCUUUUUCUUUCUUUUUCUUAUUGGGUUUAGUAGUGCAAACCACAGGACGUAGCCCUGCACCAAAAGCUGAUCAAACAGAAGCAUAGAAAGCGAGCCUUUUUUUGUGCUUUAAAGAAAAAAAUAUUUUUUGGGUUUUAAACAUAAGAAAUGGUGCACUAUCAGCGUUAUAAUCAGUUGAAAAAGGGUGGAGAUGAAGAGGCAGGAACCCUUGUUUUUGUUUGGACAAACCCUGGUUACUACAGGAGAAGAAGGCCUAAACUUUUCUCUAUCCUCUUGCUUUCUCUUCUCUCCUGUAGUUUCAUAUUGGCCCCUUACUUCUUCAGCUCUUCUUCUGCUUUAUCUCGCCUCUAUUCAUUUGGUGUACAAAAUGAAGGCCUUGAUGGUGAUAUGACUGUAAAAGCUCCUCUUUGUUCUUCAAUCUCUAAUGGUACAAUUUGCUGUGACAGAAGCCAUUUUCGGUCUGAUAUUUGUUUUAUGAAGGGUGAUGUAAGAACACACUCUCCCUCCUCUUCAGUAUUCCUUUAUUCGUCAAAAAACAGCGAUGGUUUCAUUAAUUAUGUUUCAAGUAUUGUUGAUGAUGAAGAAGAAGAGGAAGAUGAUGAACUUCAACGUGAAAAGAUCAAACCUUACACCAGAAAAUGGGAAACGAGUAUAAUGGAUACCAUUGGAGAAUUGGACCUUAUCUCAAAGAGAGGAAAUUUGGCUGCUCACCAUACUUGUGAUGUGGUUCAUAAUGUUCCAGCAGUUUUCUUCUCAACUGGAGGCUAUACUGGCAACGUUUAUCAUGAGUUUAAUGAUGGGAUUGUGCCUUUGUACAUCACUUCUCAGCAUUUUAACAAGAGGGUUGUGUUUGUGAUUCUUGAAUAUCAUAAUUGGUGGGUUAUGAAGUAUGGUGACAUCCUUUCUCAUCUUUCGAAGUAUCCCACAAUAGACUUUAGUGGAGACAAUACAACUCAUUGCUUCACUGAGGCAAUUGUUGGUCUGAGGAUCCAUGAUGAGCUCACUGUGGACUCUUCGUUGAUGAAUGGCAACAAGAGCAUUGUUGAUUUUCGAAAUCUUCUUGAUAGAGCUUACUGGCCUAGAAUUAGAGGUCUGAUUCAGGAUGAGGAACGAGAAGCACAAGAGAAGAAAAUCUCUUUACGCCCGACAUCAGGGUCCGCAUCAGAAACUGGAAAAAAGGUGCAACAUCAAUCAUGGAGACCAAAGUUGGUCAUCUUGUCUCGAGAUGGUUCUAGAGCAAUAACUAACGAGAACAUGUUGGUGAAAACAGCAGAGGAAAUUGGGUUUCAGGUUCAAGUUCUGAGGCCUGAACGAACAACAGAAUUAGCAAAGAUUUAUCGGGUACUGAAUUCAAGUGAUGUGAUGAUAGGUGUCCACGGUGCUGCCAUGACCCAUUUUCUUUUCAUGAAACCUGGCUCCGUUUUCAUUCAAGUUAUUCCCUUGGGAACAGACUGGGCAGCUGAGACAUACUAUGGGGAGCCCGCAAGGAAGCUUCAUUUGAAGUACAUUGGCUACAAAAUCAAGCCUAGGGAGAGCUCAUUGUUUGAUGAAUAUGACAAAGAUGAUCCUGUGCUUACAAAUCCAUCGAGUUUGACUAAAAAGGGAUGGCAAUACACUAAGAAGAUCUAUCUUGAGGGCCAAACUGUGACAUUAGACGUCAUAAGAUUUAGAAGGCGGUUGGUUCGUGCUUAUGACUACAUCACUGGAAUGCAUCUGCGGUCUCGUCUCCAGUCACACUAAUUUUCAUUAAUGGAACAUAAUCGAACCUGUUAUGAUCACUUAUUCUUCACACUUGAUUUAUUAUUUGAUUUACUUGAUUGUUGUAUAUUGGCAAGCGCAAUAUCAUAAUUUGUAAACCUUUGUUUGUAGAGAUUACUCUUCUUAUACAUAUCUGUUUUGUACAGUUAGCGGCAAAAAGAAAAAGAAAAAAUGAAUUUCAUUUUGUUAAAUGCUAAUCGGACAUUCAUUCUGUAAA